AUGGAAGCUGAAUUCGAGAUGACAAAUCUGGGAAAAUUGAGUUAUUUCCUGGCAAAGAGUCUUAUUGAGAUUAAUUUGAAAUUAACGAAAGGUGAAUCUGAAGAAAAUGCAGAUGAGACAAUGUUCAAACAAAUUAGUGGAACCUUACGAUUUCUCUACAACAGCAGGCCAUACUUGUCAUUCAGUGUGGGCUUGGUGAGCAGUUUUAUGAGUAGUCCAAAGAAGUCUCAUAUGCUUGUUGUUAAGAGAUUAUAUAGAUAUAUUCAAGGUACAACCAAUUAUGGAGUUUUGUUUCCAACUGGGAAGAAGAAAUUAGAAUUAGAACUGAUUGCAUUCACUGAUUCUGAUUGUGGUGGUGAUCCAGUGGAAAGAAAGAGAACCUAUGGGUAUGUAUUCAUGUUAAAUGAUCGUGGUGUUCUAAGAAGCAACCAGUAG